CCUCCCUUUCUCCCUUCUCCCCUCUAUUCCAUUGCAACAACAACCCAGCCAAAGCAGAGUGCCCCCCGACUCGGCUCGAUACGAUUCGAUGCUUGUGGCCUCCGCCCCGCGGACAAUCGGCUGCUGAAGUCGACAUGGGGGAGCUCGCGGCGUCGUCCUCGCCCCCGCCCGCCGCCGUGCUGCCGGUCCUCUUCGUCGACGGCGACCGGACCGUCGACCUGGGCACCGUCACCGUGCAGCCGUCGCUCGCCGUCAAGAGGCUGCAGGCCGUCGUCGCCGACCGCGUCGGCGUCGCGCCCAACCAGAUCUCCGCCUCGCUCGCGCGCCCUCGCCGCGCGCGCCGCGUGCCCCUCGAGGAGGGCACGGACCUCGCCGCCGCCGUCGCGCGAGAGGGCUCCGGAUGCUACGUCCUCGCGGGCCUCCGACGCGCCCGCCGCGAGCGCCGGGGCGGCCGCGCCCGCCGGGACAAGAAGGCCGCAGCCGCUGCGGCGUCGUCCCCGCCGGAGAAGACCAUCCUGAAGCGGCUCCCGCCCACGGAUCUGGCGUCCCUGGUGGUCGCGGCCGCGCCCCCCGCGGUGUUCGGCGGCUGGGACUAUGAGGCGCAGCUGCGGGAGCUGCAGCGGCAGCGCGACUGGUACCUGAUGAGCACCGCGGCGGCGGAUCCGUACCUGCCGCUGCCGCCGGAGCUGGAGGAGCCGCCGCUGUGGUCCCCGCGCCCGCCGUGCCCCGAGUGCGAGGCGGCGGCCGCGGCCAUGCGCCCGGCGCCCUUCCACUGGUGCGUGCGCGACGCGGUGGUCACCGCCGGGUUCCGCUCGCACGUGGGGCCGAUCGAGCGGCCGGCGAAGAAGUCCCCCUCCCCGCCGCCCCCGCCGCCGAGCCCCGGCCGCCUGCCGGGGCUCCUCGGCAUGCCCGUCUACUAAUUCAAUUCGCAGCUGGUUGCUCAUUCAUUCCCCUCUGGAAAUUGUAAAGGAAUCGAGCUGGAAAUUGGGGAUUGGAAUGGUCGACGAGGUUGCGUGUGGGAAUUGUGCAGAUCGAGGAGGAUGAGGAUUUUUAGGAGGAGGAGGUAGCCUAGUACUACGACUGUAGAAGAAGAGGAGGAAGGCAAGUCAGAUGCGGCGGCCAGGGCCACCGGUGGAACGAGUCGUUUGCUGUUUCGUCGUCUGUUCUGUUCUGUUGGGCUUCCAACCAAGCAGAAGCAGACAUGGCUGGCCCUUCUUCCGCUGGCAGUAGAAAAUUGUUUUUCUUUUUCUUUUUCCUUUAUUAUAGUUACCCCGUGGGGACGAUGGGGUGGUGGUUGCAAGUGAGCAAUGUGGCCUGGACGAGUCCGGAGAUUGGGCCAAUAUUUCUGGACUCGUCUUUCGUUUUUCUUCUCUUUACCUUUGGGAGAGAAGAAGAGAGAGAGAAGAGUGAGGGAGAGCAAUUUGUUUCUGGUAUAUCAAAAGUGGUAUAUGCAGAAUCCAAGCAUUGGUCGUGAAAAGCGACGAGUCAUGAAAAGUGGUAUGUGCAUGUGGUGGUAACAGCGAUGGAUGCACAGUCCGUAAUUACGAGAUUUUUACCAGCUUGUUUGAUUGAUCUCGUCACGUCACGCUCACGCCCUGGUGGUGUGUGUACGUGUACACAAAAAUCAGCUAGCGCUUGCCGGUGACCUGGGCAGGCAGAAAGGUAGGGAGGGACGGCCAAAGAAUCCAAGUAGUACUCCAAUGGAGCGGUGACGACAUCCAUCCAAUCCAAAUCGGCAAUUCCAACCCAAGUCGGCAAGGUCGCCGUCCACGGGUGCACGUAGUACGUACCCACGCUUGAUGACGACGUGACGUACCCGCAUACGUAUAGAGGUCAGGCAAAUGCACGGAGGGGAAUGGAAAAUAAGAACGUUACAAACUCUGCUCCUCCUUUACAAGAAAACUAAGGUUACGGACUCGAUACGGUUAACGUGCAGUUUGUACACUAGUGCAUGCACCAAAAUUUCCGGCUCCCACCACACUUGUGUUGGUACUUGGUUUGGAGAAAGACUACGUAUUGAUUUCCCUUCAA